ACAAGUAUCUCGUAAUUGUUCCUUUUUAAAAUUAUUUAAUAUAAUUCAGUAUUUGAUAAUAUAUUUGUUUCUCAUAAAACCUGUUCAAAAACUACCUUUACUACCGAGUUAUGUACAAGAGACACUCCCGGACUCACUUUCGAGGUUAUAUUAUGGUUUUGUUUUGAGGUUAUGUUCGUAUUUUUAUCCUUUUUUCCAAAAGUCCGUGGUUUUCUGUUGAAUUUUGACUAAAAACUGUCUUCUAUAUAUUGGAAAAUGUCAAUAAAACCAUGUUUGAAAACUGGACAUUAUUUGCAAAAUUUCCAACAGUUUUCCACGCAAUUCUCAGACAAGGAUAAUUGCUUCAACUACCUCAAAACAGUAUUCCAACAGGACCCAAAAACUAUUUCACCACUGCAGCUUGAAGAAGUAUUGCAUUCGGUCCAUUUAUGUUUCAGUACAUUAGGCAGCAUAAAAUCCAUUAAUAACUACUUAAAAAACCAUAAGAAUAUAGAAUUAUAUAGCAACAUAAUUACUGAUAAUGGAAAUAGAAUUCCUGUUAGCAAAAAAUGGUUUGGCAAGUUUUUGCUUGUAGCCUCAAUGCAGUUCCAUCCCAAUAUAUGCAGUGAACAAAUAUUACUGAAUGAAGCAAUGUUAUUGUUUAAUAUGGAAAAAUAUGAAUCAAAAUUUCUGCUGCAUUUGAUAUUAAAAUUAUGUGAUUGUAAGUUGGAUUCCAAAAUUGCUUUGCAAGUUUUCUAUUUUGUUCAAAUGGCUGCUUUAACUCCACACACGAGCAUGAAAUCUGUUAUAGAAAAUAUAUCAAAGAAAGUUUUGCCUUAUAUAGACAAAAAGCUUAAAAUAAAUUUAGAAUGUUUACCAUUAAGAGGGGUACCUACAAGCCAGUUAAGCCGCUUUAGAAAUGCCUGGAAUGAAAUUGAAAUUGUUACUCGCAUUAUUGAAAUGUUCUCAAAUAAUAUCCAUAACAGGGAGGCAGGGUUUCUUUAUCAAUUGCUGCUUAAUAUGAUGGAACAGGAGAGUUUUUGGUCAUUUGUUUGGCCUCAUUUUUCCUACAAGUUAGGUCAUAUUGACCAUGAAGGUGAAUUUUUUCAGAGCCUGUUAAAGUAUUGGAUACCAAUAUCUGUGGCAACUUUUGGAUCAAGUUUCUAUCAUCGCACUCUGACAACUAAUAUCCCGAAUGUUUUUAAGGGAUAUAUUUUAUUAGAAACUAGGAAGCAACGCAGGUAUUCUACAGUACCAUCAACUGAUUUUAAGAAAAAUGAUAUGGAGUUACUUAGAAACUUGAUAUAUGAAGAAGAAACUUAUAAAUUAGGGUUCCACGCUUUGUGCUGGUAUAAUUUUUUUUAUAAGGAAAAAGUGCCUUGUAAAGAACAACUUGAGCUGGUUUUCUUUUUCUUUGAAAGGCAAACGAGCUGCUUGGGUCCUAAGGAUUUAAAGAUUUUUGAGGAGCUGCUGCAGCAUAUUUGUGAUAUAAUUUUAAAGGACAUUGAUGAUCAUAAGAUUUUAGGGAGGUUUUUGUUAAAUAUGUUCUCUUAUGGGCAGCAUUUACUUAGAACAAAAAGAAAAGACUUGGGGGCGCAGAUAAUUAGUGCCAUCAGUAAAUUUCAGAGAUCAGAAGAGAUAUAUCAAAAAUUUAACAGCAAAUGUUUCUUAAAACUAGUAGACGAUAUAUGGAAAGAUGGACAUAAUUCUUACAUUUCUUAUCCAGUUUGUCAUUUGGCUGUUAAGGUUUUAAGUAACGUGGCUAACAACGAUCUUCUUUUAAAAAGUGUAGAGACUUUCGGUGAAGUUUUUUCAAUAAAAGCAACUGAAUCAAUUGGAAAUUAUGCCCAAUGUAUCAUAGAGUCAACCUCUAAGGAAAACGUUUCAGAGCUCAAUCAUAGAACUUUUACUGAGUUAAAGACCCUGUUUAGGGAACAAAAGUUAAACUUAAAGGCAAUUUUUAAAGCUAAUUUAUUGUUUCAAAUACUCACUCAAUCAGUGGAGAUAUGUAGUUAUGAAGAGUGGGUGAGGAAUGAAUGUUUUUUUACUAUAGCUCCUCUGCUUCAUCAAAAGUUUUACCAUCCCAUUGAUCCUGAUUCUAAUACAGCGGAAAAUUGCAUGGAAAAAGUAAUUGAAUCUCUCUAUGAUAAUAUUUGUUCUUGCCUACUUAAUAAAAAAGAUUAUAAGGCAGGCGAUAAUUUUACAAAAAUCAUGCUAAAAUUAGUGGAAAUUAUUGAAAUCUCAAACAUGCGUAAACCGACAAUGCUUAGUGAGCUAUUGUUAAAGCACUACGCCAGUUUCUACGAUAAAAUUUAUUGCAAGCAGGAUAAAGAGGAGUUUUUAAACUUUAAAAUUGGUCUUUUAAAGGGAAUAUUUCAAAAUUUAGAGGCAGCGGGGACUGUUCAAAAUUUAACGAUUCGUAGGCACCCAGAAACGCGAUUGGUAAUACAUGCUUUGUGUGCCAGCGGGGCCAGUGAUCAAAAGGUUCUCUUGACUCUUACACUCAACCAAUUACUCUCUAUACUCUCCAAUCCUGCCAGUACAGACGCCACAGUGGCUUCAACAUUGCACUCGACAGAAAUUUUAAUCUCAGACAAUCGUCUCUAUGAUCUCACUUUAACUUACAUCCCUGCGGUUAUCUCCUGCUGCAUUAAGCAUUUUGGAAAUCGUAACUGGACUGUUCGGAACGGCUGUAUUCAGCUUUUAAAGGCACUCAUUAUCCGGUUUUUAGGUGUUCCUAUUGGACCAAACGAUCGCCCUCGGUCUACCAUUGAUUUGUUCAACAUUUUUCCUGUGGUUGUUAAGGAUUUUUAUCAGGCUUUAACGGUUGUCCCUUUAAACGAUUCCGCUUUGGCUGUUUUACAGUUUUUUUCAGAAUCUCAGAUAAAAGUGGAAAUGUUUUCUACAGAACUAAAACUUUUCACUAUGGAAAGUUUUUUACGAUUAUUCGUUCGGAUUAUUAGUGAGGAUUCUGGGUAUGGUUUGUACGCUGCUAGGGCCUACGUAUCACUUUGCGCCCCACAAGAUAUCUCUUCAAUUCUUACCCAUAUAGUUGAUUUUUUUAUUGCGGGAUAUCUGCUUAUAAGGCAGAGGCAUGUAAUCAGAAAUUUUAUUUUGCUCCUGCAAGAGUUACUCGAUAAAUACAACUAUAGCAUCAGGGAUAAGCUUAGUGGGAAACCUGGUUAUGGUGAGAUUCAUAGGAAAUUAAAUGAGCUGUCAUGCUUUUUAAAAAUAGUGAACUGUGGCCAGUUUGAUCUCUUAUUAGUGAGAACUUUAUCGGUUGAAGAAAUACUGCAUAAAUUUGAAAACUCUUCAUCUGACUUAAAGUGCUUUCCAGGAACAGUUUGGCUGCAUAAUAAUGUGCCUUUCUUAAUAACGAACGUGCCUAUAGGUGGUCUUAAACGGGUGUUAAACGUAGUCUUAUCCAAAAAUAUUCCCGAAUUUGUGCAAAUUAAAGUUUUAGGCAAAUUGCUUGACAGAAUCUCUCACUCGUGUGACGAUUUUAGCUUUAUACUAGAAGAACUUAUACUGAAGGCAUUAAAUACUUCCCUUAAAGCAAGCACCUACUUACAAAUGUCUUAUUAUAAACUCAUACUUUUAAUUUUUAACCGAAGUCAAUCGGCAACAAACUUCCUCCCAAACAUCUCGAAUUUUGAGGACAGCAAUCUCCAAAACCUAAACAUUUACACACUCCUUGUAAUAAUAUUGACUUUAAACAACUUUAAAGACAACUCAAAGCACUUAAAUGUAAUCCUUAAACGUUUUGAAAGUGAAAUGACACGUGGCACAGAAGACGCUAUCGAAAGCAUCUCUGAAAUCCUAAAAUAUGUCCACCAAAGUGCCUCUUGUAUAUGUCAAAAAAGGAAAAUUUUAAAAUUAGCCCUAUUUAUUGUAGUAGAACACGGUCAUUGGCAUUUAUUGAAUCAUUUGACUAACUGUUUUAUUACAACCCCAAAUGUUGCCGUACAACAGUUAAUAAAUUUCAAAUUUUUAGUAAAAUAUUUUCAAAAUCCUGCUGAUGCUUUUCAGUUUGUUCAGGAGUUUUGUGAAGUGAAACGUAAGGAUUCAGUGAAGGUUUGUAAUAAGGGUUACUAUGUGGUGGAAGAGGAGGAAUUUGUCGAUAAAGCGUUGGUUGAUAGGUUGGUUUUUAGGUUUUUAAAAGAUUUUUGUGAGGCGACAGAUCGCUCCAAAGUCUUUUUGGAAAUUUGUUCACAGUUUGAUAAUAAACGUUUGUGAGUAAA